AUGGCCAAAGUAUGGACCCCAGCCAGGGACCAGAACCUGCUCUUGCUCCUGAUUCAAGAAAUCAAGAUCGACUUCUCCACCCUGCCGCAGAAGUGGCAAGAAAAAUAUCCGACCGAGACCUUUCAACCUACAUCCAAGGCCCUCAGCGAGCAUGUUGCCAAGUUGAAGCGCAACGUGAAGGCCAGCACGAACGCCACUGGCUCCGCUAAGACCUGGACCGCAGCUCGGGAUCAGAAUCUCCUGCUCCUUCUCAUCCAAGAGGUGAAGGUGGAUUUUUCCAAGCUGCCAGCGGCAUGGGCGAAGAAGUAUCCAACCGAGACAUUUCAGCCGACAAUGAAAGCCUUCAGUGAGCACGUAGCCAAGCUGAAGCGCGCGGCCAAGUCCAGUGGUGAUGCCACAGCAAACGCGAGUUCCACCACAACAAAGCUCCCAUCGACUGGAUCCGUCGUCGCCGCAGCGACUCCGCAUGGCAAGGUCAGUACCGCCAAACCGCGCCCGAAGCGAGCCCGCGCAGAGAUAAAGAACGAGGAGAGCUCCGAGGACGAGGCCACCGACGACCAGGCGAGCCCAGCAAAGAAGCGCGCCACACCACGCCGCAGUGCAACACGCAAGUCGUACAAGGAGGAAGACUUCAGCGAGGACGAAGAUGCCAACGCCAGUGGGGAGGAAGUUUCGGCGAGUGAACAGGACGACUUCCUCACCUCGGCGCGUGCCACCUCUCGCACCGUCGACUUCGGGGCCGAAAAGGCAGAUUCAGUCAUCUCCCGUACCGUCGACUUUGGAGCGGACAAGGCAGACUCGGCCAUCUCGAACGCUCCCUCGCCAAGCAAGAUCGCUGAGGAGCAUACUCCCGCCAGCCUCGCCGACGAUCAGUUCGGCCAAGACAUGUUCCGUCCCAUCGACAGCAUCGCUCGCUCGAAGCAGAGCGCCGCACGCCCAUUCGGCCAGUUCGACUACUUCGGCAACCCGGUUCCGGAGGACGAUGCCGACGACUACAUCCCCUCGAAGUGA